GAGCAGGAGCUCUCUGUACAUACUGAGGAAUGAUUGUGUAUCCGCAGUUGGGUCGCUCCCACUUGCGAAAAGUGUGCAUUGAGUAAUAAAUUUUUAACAAAGGUGUAAUACUCUCAGUAAUUAUUUUUUGCUUUCAGUUGCUAAGAAGAAAAGGUCAACCGCUCCACUUAUAUACAACACACCAAAAUGUAGACAUUGGUGGUAAAGUAGUAUGUAGUAAGAAGUAACGGGAUUUGAUUAUUAACCUGACAGAUGCUAGUGAAAACGAAUUUUCCUGUGAAGAAUUGUACCUUUUUAAAAGAAGAUAUGAAAAUGAAUACGACUUAACACAUGAUCAUCGCUACAACUUGUGGCUUUCCUUUCAAUGUGAGUGUAUUUUGCGAGCCAAGCAAACAAUAAUUAUUGUAGUUAUGUGCACGUUAUGCUUGAUUUAGUGGACAUGUCCAGUGUUGGCGGGAUAGCUCAAGGCAAGAGCACACUUCAGCUGGCUGACUCAGAACUAGUUCCAGGCACGAAGGAGAGACAGAAUAGGCCGCAGAGGAAAGUGCAAACACGUAGCAUACGUGCAAGGGUGGCACCACUGACUGACUACAGUAAAUGUGUUUGUGGAACAUGUGAACAUACAAGAGCCAGGAAUUGGGUUCAGUGUGAAAGAUGCACCCAGUGGUAUCACUGCGUGUGUGUAAAGAUAUCUUUAACAAAAGCAAGAGAUGGAACCCCUGUUGCUAAGCUU